AUGACAUCAAAAAAUGACAAUAAUGUUAGUGUUCCCACUUCCGCUAGUAAUACUCCAAUUACAUUGGAUGACGAUGAAAGUCCCGUGGAGACUAAUUCCGAUCCUUCUGUCCUACCAAUAACUAGUAGGCAUACUUCAGCAGUGUGGUCUGAUUUUAAGAGAAAGAGGGCUGGUGAUGCAGUAAAAGCUGAAUGCAACCAUUGCUCUAAGCUACUUGCCGGUGGGUCGAAAGCAGGGACUACUCAUUUGAAAGAUCAUUUAAAAAUAUGUCCAAAGAGAGUAUGUCAAGAUAUUCGACAAUCAAGAUUGUUUGGUACACAAAAAAACUUGAAUGAUAAGAAUGAAACGAUGACAUUGGCCCCUUAUGAAUUCCACCAAGAAGAUGGAAGAAGAGACUUGGCGGAGAUGAUUAUUUUGCAUGAGUAUCCAAUUAGCAUGGUUGAACAUAUGGGUUUUAGAAAGUAUAGCAAGACACUCCGACCUGGAUUUAAAGUGCCAUCUCGCAACACAACAAGAAAAGAUAUUAUGAAAAGAUAUGAGCUUGAGAAGGAGAAUGUUGCAACCUUGUUGAGGAAAGCAAAGGGCAAGAUUGCCUUAACUACUAACAUGUGGACUGCUGACAACCAGAGAAAAGGUUAUAUGGCGGUCACCUCACAUUUCAUUGAUAAUACAUGGAAGUUGCAAAGUCGGAUCUUAAGGUUUUUAUAUGUCCCUGCCCCUCAUACUGCCGAGGUCCUUGCUGAUGCAUUGAAAGAAAGUAUUCAAUCAUGGAAUCUUGAUCUUAGGUUGUCUUCUAUAACUGUGGAUAAUUGUUCGACUAAUGAUGCAAUGAUGGAAAUUUUGAAAGGAGUGUUUCCAUAUAGCUCACUUUUAUUGCGAGGUGAUUUUUUUCAUAUGCGUUGUUGUGCUCACAUUUUAAAUUUGAUUGUUCAAGAUGGUUUAAGUGUUGUGGUAUCAAAUGGUGUUCAAAGGAUUAGGGAUAGUGUUGUGUUUUGGACUGCUUCUGAUAAGAGAGUACAAAGGUUUGAACAAGUUGCUAAGCAAAUAGCUCCUGAGUGUACUAGAAAGUUAGCACUUGAUUGCAAAACUCGGUGGAAUUCUACUUAUGAAAUGUUUUCUAUUGCUAUUUGUUAUAGAGAAGUGUUUGUUGUUUUAAGUGCUCGAAAUAAUUUAUAUAAGAAUCCACCGACACCUGAAGAUUGGGAAAAAGUUGAGAAAAUAUGUGAACAUUUAGAAGUGUUUAGUAAAACUACCCUUAACUUUUCAGGAACAAAUUACCCUACUGCCAAUCUUUAUUUUCCUAAAAUUUGUGCUUUGAGAAUUGCUAUUUCUGGUUGGCUUUUAUCUCCUCAUGAUUAUGUAAGGAAAAUGGCCGACAUUAUGUUGCUGAAAUAUAACAAAUAUUGGGCUAAUGUGAAUGGUUUAAUGGGAGUGACAACAAUACUAGAUCCUAGAUACAAAAUGGCUCUUAUUCGGUUUUAUUUUGCAAAAAAUUUUGAUGAGCAUGACUUUGAAAUUGAGGUUGGUAGAAUUAGUGAUCUUCUACGAAGAUUGGUUGAAGAAUAUGGCUCUAAGAUCGGUAAAACUCAAGGUAGUAGUAGCCAACAACCUUUUGAUUUGGGUAGUAGUAGCAAAGCCAAUGAAGAGGCCUUUAUGCAAGAAUUUGCAGAAUUUUUGCAACAAGAUAAGGAUCCAAGUCAUGAAAUUUCUGAAUUGGAUAAGUAUUUAGAUGCUGCUAAUGUGCCUCUAGUCCAAGAUUUUGAUAUUCUUGAUUGGUGGAAGAAAAAUGGAGGCACAUAUCCCAUUCUUCAGCAAAUAGCCCGAGAUAUAUUGAGCAUUCCUGUUUCUACUGUUGCAUCGGAGUCCGCAUUUAGCACAAGUGGUCGGGUUCUUAAUCCUUAUCAUACUCGGCUUUUACCGGAAGCAGUCGAAGCUUUGAUGUGUACUCAAAAUUGGAUAUGGGCAACUCUUAAAGAUUGUGGAGAAUUCAAGAAUGAUGAGUAUGCUAAAUUAGUGGGUGAAUUAGAGGAAGAAUUUGAAACAUGGGAUAUCGAUUCCGCAACAAAUUUAAAUAUAUUAUUUGUUGUGGAGUUCAGAUGGGGAUUUGGUGGGUAUGGGGCGGGGAUAUGGGCGGGGAUUUGGUGGGUAUGGGGCGGGGAUUAUGUGGGGCUAAAACGGGGAUGGAUAUCCACAUGGGGAUGGGGCGGGGGUGGUUUUGAAGUUAGACCCGCCGGGGCGAGGAUGGGGAAAAUUUCCAGACCCGCCGUGGGGAUGGGGGUGGGGAUGGGGAUGAAAAUGGGAGGCGGGGAUGGGGAUGGAAAUGCCAAAACCCGCCCCGCCCCGCCCCGUUGA